CACAGCCACAACUCUUCAACUCUCUCUGUUUUUGUGUUUUCAGUUACGUUCGAAAUGAGAUUUUUUAGAAGGAUAGCGGGAAUACUUGGGUUUCUAAAAGACGAUGCUCACGAUGUGAACGAUGAAGACGCAGAUGUAGAUAAGCAUCAUAAUCGUGAAGGUAAGGCAGAAACUCGUCGACCCACCAAAGGUUUUAGUGUUCAGGCUUCAGUUGCCGUCGAUAGAGCUUACUUGGGUCCUGUUCUUACCCCCUGUGAUCUCAGCGAUGGCGGAGUUCAGGGCAUGGGAUGGUUUGCAAAACGGCUGAGGAUAGAUGAAGAUGGGGAUGUUGCUGAUGAGUUCCUUAACGAGGUCUUACCGGAAGUGCCAUCUGGUGAACAUAAGCCAUUACCAUUACCAAAGUUUGAGGUGAAAUACAGCACAAGGCCGGCUAAGGUGAGGAAUCAGGUCAUGGCCAUUGAUGGGAGAAUCAAUCAGAGUGUGGAGUUCCAGGGCAGAUUGCUUUUGGUGUAGAGAUUUUCAGCAAAGCAAUCGGCCUGAAAUAUGGCGCACCAAGGGUACAAUUUCGUUUUCCUUUGCAAUUUCUAAUUUUUUUUAAAGUGUUUAUUUCGAUUAAUUAUGUUUCUUGAGGACUUGUGGUUUGUACUAUAUCAAGUAAUUGAUACAAAGAAUCAAGAAUGGUUUCCAGCUGCACAUCAGCCCUUGAUAGAGUUUCUCAAUGAGAAAUGUAUACACCAAAAAAAUU